AUGCAAAGCCGCGGCGGCAGGCAGGCCUGCGGCAGCCUGUGCCCCAACAGGGUGCAGGAUCUGGCCGAGCGGCUGGGCAAAAAGCCGGGCAGUAAAGCAGAGAGAAAGGUGCGUUGCUGGAAGGAGAAGGCGAGGCUGCGAAGCCCGACCGACCAGCCUCUCGCCAUCUGCUCUUGGCAGAAAUAAACGCCGGGGAAACCUGUCUCCCUGCCUGCAGCAGGGAGACAGCGUCGCCCAGCGGUUAGAGCAAGCGCAUUUCCCCAGCCCCCGGCCAGGAAAAAAGGCAAUUCCAAUAUGCAACCAUCGCUAGAAGAUGGGGACUAAUAGCCGGGAAAGGAGUGUCUCUGAGCACGUGCAGAGCUCUCUGCAUGCAGAACAACCAGUUGCCAUCUGAAGUUAGGUGAAGGUGUUUCUACUGCAAAGGGCACAGUUUUCAGGGGAAACUAAGCCCCGGCACCUUUUGUUUUAGAUGCCCUGUCCACAUAAGGUUGCCCUUACAACGCACUCCUAAGUACCGGUACUUUUACCCAGUAGUAAGGAUUCAAAGGGUUAUUCCGACCUAGCCCUCUGCAUGUUUACUCGGAAGUAAGUCCCCAGUGGCGCUUCACUUUCUCUAAAGUAAAUGUGCCCAGAAGAGAAACCUUGAAACCUUAAUGCUGUUGUUUGUGAUUGUUUGCCGGCAGGUGCCACGGAAUAGCAACCUCAGAUGCAACCCAAUAGCCAUUUAUAACGACCCACCUCCGGAUUCUGUAGAUCUAGGUGAGUGCGUUUUUUUUAAAAAAAGUCCAUUUAACUACCCUCUUUCGUAUCGCAGUUCGUGGUGUAAUGCAGGGGAAACGCAAGAGAACACUGCUCGGAACUUGCCUCUCUUCCAGCAGGGAAAAUGCUGGGGCAUCAUAAUAAUUAAUGGGGGGGGGAACCUUGUUCUGACACAUGAAUGAGGUGAUAAUAAGCAUUUAAUAAUUGUGUCAGAUUAGCAGAGGAAGUCAAGAGACGGGGGAAAUAAUCAGGCAGAGGCUGCCUACUUCUUUCCUUUUCUUUGAUGGCGUAUCGGCUUAAUGCUAGUCAGUAACUCUUCUGUGCAAGGUUGUUUGCAUUUUGAAUUAAAAGCUAAAGAUUUGUGUUUCAGCUGACUGUGGGUAGUAUUUCACCUGGUUUUCCGCAAAGUAGACUCACUGAAAUGAAUGGACAUGACCCAUUAAUCCUAACAGUUCUUCUCGGAGUAAAAGUUAGUUGACUACCACCUAUUCGCUCGGAAGUAAGCAUCCAGGGUUCAAUGGAAACUACCUGUCGGCUUGCGGUGACUAUGAUCCUAAUAGAUUAAACAGUAUGCUUUGUACCCCUAUUGUAUGUGCGUGCGUACAGAGACAGAGCUGUCUGCUUUUUUGAACUCUCUUGGGGGCGUGGCUAGGGGAGCCGCCCUAAUGACCUCCUGCACUUUAGAUUUUACAGCUACCGCAGGUGCCUUGCUUGAGAAGAGACCACUACUAAGGUUACUCCUUUAGCAAUUUGUAUUUCAUAGAAUCGUAGAACUGGAAGGGACCGCCAAAGGUCAUCUAGUCCCAGGAAUCGACACAACCAGAGGACUGGUUAAUCUGGAAUGAAAUAGUACACACACAGAGAGAGAGACAGGAUUUGCGUUUCUAUACUGACAAAUCGAACAUGAUUUUCUUGCAUUUUUUUAAAAAAAACUUCCCUUUUAAAUAAACACUGAUCUGCCUCCCCCCCCCCUUUUAGCGUUGUCGACCAUCGAUUGGCAAGACUUAGCCGACUGCACGGGCGUCUUUCAGCAGGAAGUUUCUAGAGGCGCUGCAACAAGCCAGCAGGUAGUUGACAACCGUCGCCCCCUCAUCCUCUUUGGUCUUUAUUGA